CCACCGUGGUCAUCAACACUUGUUCGCCACAUUCAGUCGCGUACACAGUAAGAAUAACCCAAUACGCUCCUCCGCAUCGCCGACAUAAGUCAUCGUUCGCGACAAUACCCGCGCCGUAGUAACAAUGCACUGCAAAGUUUUGAUCGCUCUAUGCUGCGUGGCCGUUUACGCCACGCAAGCUAAUCCCGCUGGUACUGCCGCUGCUUCCGCCGACGAAGAGAUCAAAGAUUUCCCGGCCUACAUGAAGCGGUUCGAAAAGCUCAACAUUGAACAGGUGCUGAACAACGACCGCGUCUUGACCAGCCAUCUCAAGUGUUUCCUUAACGAGGGCCCAUGCGUCCAACAAGCUAGGGACUUGAAGAGAGUCAUCCCAGUGAUCGCCAACAACGGUUGUGACGGAUGCACUGAAAAGCAAAUGACCUCCAUCAAGAAGGCGCUGAACUUCCUGAGGACAAAAAGGCCAAUGGAAUGGUCAAGACUCGUCAAGAUCUACGACCCAUCCGGCACCAAGUUGAACAAGUUCCUCGACGCGUAACGGCUCUGAAUAUAUUAUGACAAUGCUAUAAUAUAAUAAUAUUAUAGUUAAAAUAUAUUAUAUCACGUGUGUGACGACUGGCAAUGUCGAUCAUGAUAAUAUUAUGUGUUAUGUUUAAGACGCACGUUUAAUAGUUUUUAUGUAUACUCACACAAGAUUUCACUUGCUAUAUGGCAAAAAGAAAAUCGUCUAUUUAUAAGUUUUAUAUAUUAAUUUAUUAAAUCAAUUAAACUGUUUUAAAAAUUGAAAAUAAAAACAAUCUCAAUUAA